CGGCGCCGUAUGUCCGAGCCUGACACCGACCGGAGCUGCUCUGAAGGUUUGAGAGUCUCAACUCACUUUUCGAUUUGAAGCGCGCCUUCAACCGCUUUACCAGUACCACAUCGUCAAUGCCUGCAAGCACCGCCAUCCGUCCCACCAAUAUGAUGAGCCAGCCACGUAUCCGCGACCCGCACCAGGACCGGCCGUUCGCGUGCCCCGUACCGAUGUGCGGUGGUCGAUUCCACCGCAAAUUUACACUGCAUGAGCACAUGAAGACGCACACGGGUGAGCAGCCUCAUCAAUGCCCUAUCCAAUCGUGUGGCAAACGUUUCAGCACGUCCGGUAACCUGGCGCGUCACAAACGUCUACACUCGCUGCAAAGGAUGGAAUGCCCCGUGGCUGGCUGCACGCGCAUCUUCACGAGCAAGGACAUGCUGGCCAAGCACCAAAAGGUGCACAAUGGCAACGCCAUCCACACGUGCGUCGUUGAAGGCUGCGGCAAGACGUUCAGUACGGCCGGUAACCUCACGAGACAUAUGAAGACACAGCACCGCUCGGUGCCGCUCCCGGCAAACGCGCGCAGCUCGCGUCAACAGCAUUAUCAGCAAACCAAGCAACAGACAGUCAAGGUUGUGUCGCCCACUAUGGCCAUGCAGUCGCCUUGCGAUGAGUUCCCCGUCCUGGACUACGACAUGAUGAUGUUCCUGGCUCCCGUUGAUGAGCAGUUGCAACAGUUCUCCUUCCUGAACACGCCGACGGACCCACAAGCUCUCUCGGACCAGGACUUGAAGGAUCUGCUCGAGUGUUUGUUCUAAGUAUGGGGUUUGCGUCACCGCGCUAGCUUGUAGCAUGUAUGAGUAUGUAGAAUCGAUUAUCUAGCAGGACUGGAAGCUUCUGAGCGUAAUUAUUUAAUGAGAAAUGCAAUGCACCUGCCACGUAUCAC